AUGAACUCGUGUCUUCAAACAUUUGGUUCGAACAAAUAUGAUUUAAAUCGCUUAAGUAAUUUCACUUUAUAUGGAAAGGACGGUCAAUCCAAAUAUAUUUUAACUCCAUGUAGUUUUUCCAAAUCCAGUCCAUGUUAUAAUCGUACUCUUCCAAACGCAAUGAGUUGUCAAUAUGAUCGUCCAUUGAAAUCAUGGUCUGCUAUGGCCUUUUUGGAUACAAAAUCACCAUGGUCUCGAAAUAAUAAUGCGACGUAUGAAGAAAAUCCCAGUGGACCAGGAACAGGAAUUGUUAUGAAAACAAGUAAUGGUGAUAUAUGUUUUGAUGAACUUCGUUUUAUGACAACGACAUACAUAUGCGAUAGAACAGUUUUACAUCCAACAAUCAUGAAUGUGGUACAAUUAGCUCAAUGUCGUUUUACCGCUGAAGUACGAGCUAUACAAGCUUGUCCUUUGGAAUAA